AUGGACAAAUUGAAAUUUGAAUUCAUAGUAAAAUCGAACGAAGUUCCAAAAACAAAUGUAAUAUGCAUAACCUCAAUUACGGAUAUGAACAACCGCAUAUUUGCAAUUCCGGAUAAAUAUCAGCCGGUAAAAUUUCAUGAGACAAUUAUGAAGACUGAAACUUUUCUGAAAGUAAAAACUACAUUACAAAGAAGACAUGAAAAAAGACAAGUAUGGAUUUCAUUAACACCAGAAAUAAGAAAUGUUUAUAUAGAUGAAAAUGGAAAUAUGCAGUUAAAUGGGUAUUUACUAGAGGAAAUUACUGCGGAAACACCGAAACUGACAGCUACGACUGGAAUUUCUGAAAAAACACUGUCAAAAAUAUUGGAGAAUUUUACAGAAAUGACCAAGGAAAUAAAUAAACCUCAACAUAUAGGAAACCUAACGAGAACAUUUGUAAUAGAUAAAUUUUCAAGAAAAACAUCAAAUGUUUCUCAAUGGAUGAAUAUUUUUGAAACAGAAUGUGCUCGUUUAGGAAUAAUUGAGACUCUGAGGUUAUUUUUAGAGGAAACGUGCAUGGACUGGUACAGUUCUAUGCUAAUAAAGUGUAGUGUAAAUUCAGAUUGGUGGAUGUGA